AUGGAUAUGGCUGGUAGGGUGGUUGAUAGGGUUGUGGUUGGUAAGGGGGUUGAUAGGGAGGGAGGUAAUGUCUCGGGUGAGGGCGUCUCCAACGGUUCGUCACAGCAGGGUCCAGCUGAAAAACCACGAAAGCUCGAAUCGCAGAAUGAAAUCACACCAGAAAUUAUUGUUUUGAGUGAAUCAGAAUUAAAUAAGUACGAACAAGAAACCAAAAAAUUUCAAAGAUUCUACUGA